AUGUGGGUGACAGGCGACGUGGGCUCCUCUCCCGCUCCCUCUGUGCGGAGGGAAAGAGGCUUAAGGUCAAGUGUCCCCCAGGGGCCUGCCCUUCCCACCCCGGGCCCCCAGGGCCCCCGCGCAGGCCGUCGGCGUGGCCGCGUGCCCGGGAGGUGCAAGCCCGGUGGAUGGGGCCCAGCGGCCCGCUCCGCCCCGGGCCCGCGCCCUCCGCUUACCUCCGCUUACCUCCCGAGGCGGCGGCGGCGGCGGCGACAGCGGCGGCAGAGGUCGAAGGAAGCAGUGGGGCUGGGCGCGCAGGCGCGGUGCGGCUCUUAUCCACGCCGCAGCACCCGGAUGGAGAAGGCGGGGGUAGACGCUCAAGGUCACUUUGUAACAACUUUAUUAGUAACCAGCAGAGGAGGACAAGGACAGACACACGGCCGCAGGCCGGCGGGCAAUGGAAUUAAAAAGAGCUCGCAAAAGGCUACCCCCGGCGUUGUUAACGUCACUAAGGGUGCAGAUAUUUUUAAAAUCUUUUUCCGCUAUUGCGGACCGAGCCUUGCACCUUGGAGGUGCCAGACACAAAACUACAAGCUAACCCUCUUUGCACUUUUAUUACAGACGGGCAUUCUCUCUGCCCUGAAAAUCCUGCCUAGCCGUUGGACAAUCAGUAUUAUUAUUAUUAUUAUUAACAACAAUGAGAGCAGCACAUCUUCACACAGUGUACAGAAGGAUUAUUCCACAGCCCAACAAAAAGGAAAUCAUGCCUGGAAACUAGCCAACUAGUCAGGGCUAGUGAAGUCAUGGAUCUUGGAGGAGAGCCUGCAGCCAUCACUUCACUAAACCAGCAUAAUCCUAACCACAUACUAAAUAUGUGUUUUAACACCCACAGGUAAGUGUAGUCCU